AUGGGCGUCAUCUCGAGCACGCCGGCAGCGGAGCAAGUCCCGGCGCAUGGUGUCGAGAAGACCAGCGGCGCCGGGCGUCGCAUCUUGUUCCUGGACGCCUACGACUCCUUCACCAACAACAUCGUGUCCCUCGUCAAGGACGCGCUCGGCAGCAACACCACCGUCCACGUCCUGCACAUGGACCUCAGGACCAUCGACUCCGACUCCACGCCCCAUUGGACCAGGCAGCAGUUCCUGGACCGGCUCGCCGACUUUGACGCCGUCGUUUGCGGACCCGGCCCGGGCUCGCCGCUCCACGACGCCGACGUCGGCGCCUUCAAGCUCCUCUGGGACCUGCCGAGGGAGCAAUCCGUGCCUGUGCUCGGCAUCUGCCUGGGGUUUCAAAGCCUGGUGGAGCACUUCGGAGGCGGCAUUCGACGGCUUCGGAGGGGUUUGCACGGCAUGGUUCGGGAGAUUGACCAUGUGCAGGUGCCGCCGACCGACAUCUUUGACAGGGUGCCUCGCUUCAAGGCGACCUUGUACCACAGCUUGUGUGCGGAUAUCGGACAGGACGAGGUUCCGGAACAGGAUUGGCUGACGGCGCGAUGGCUGCCGUCCAGACGGGCUCCGGAACUGCAGCCCCUGGCGUGGAUUCUGGAAGACUACGACGGCGAAAACAGGCACGACCCGGAGCGCAUCCUGAUGGCGGUCCGGCACACCACAAGGCCGUUGUGGGGUGUUCAGUAUCAUCCCGAGUCUGUGUGUACUGAUGCCGCGGCGAAGGGUGUGAUACGCAACUGGUUUCGCCAGGCGCUGAAGUGGAAUGAAGCGGCGAGACGGGAGGUCCCACGGAAUCCUAGUGUCGGCUACGUUGACAGCUUGAACCCAUCCAACCACAGUCUGCCUGGGUUGGAUUCUGGACGCAAGCUGUCCGCCUUCCCGUGGUGGAACGACUUGCAGUCUGAUCUGGCUCGACGAGGUAUUCGGCCGGGAUAUGCUUGUCGGCAAAUCAAACUGCCUGGGGGUGUGGAUACGGCGGAUAUUGCAGAGGUGCUUGGCCUUGGCUGCAAAGACACUAUUAUUCUGGACUCCUCGAGCACUGUCAAUGGUGAUCCUCUGGCGAGGAGCUCCGUUAUUGCUCUGGGUGUCGAUGAAGCCCUGCGCCUGGAAUAUCACGUAGGCGACAGCUACUUGGUUCUCCGGCAGCCCGCGGCGUCUGGACGACCAGAAAAGUCCCAGCGCAUCUACCUUGGAGAGGAUGUCGAUCCCUGGAGCCCCUGGCACGUCAUGUCGGAGUAUUGGCGCUGGAGAAAGGUGUCCGAAGAUGCCCAUAUGCCGACAUUCAAAGGCGGCUUCAUGGGUUUUGUGACGUAUGAGAUGGGUCUGAGUACCCUGAGUCCCGGGUCCGUUUCCAAGGCGCGCGGGCACCAUAGGCCCGACCUUUGCAUGGCAUGGGUCUCAAAAAGCGUUGUGCUUGAUCACCAAGCUGGCGUUGCUUAUGUGCAAGCCCUCACGUCCGAAGACUGCGACGGCCUGUGGAUAGACGAUGUUGUUCAAGCCAUCGAGACCUCUCCUGCGUGGCAACAGCCUGGCCGUGGGCGACGCCCGGAUGCCAAGUCUCGCCUCUCCAACGAAGCUCUGCUCGACCACGUACGCAAGGGAGGGGGCCGUUUACACGUCUCCGUCCCGGACUCGAAUGGAUACGAGUCCGAUGUUAGCAAAUGCCAGGACUACAUCAGAGACGGUGAAUCCUACGAACUCUGUCUCACUGCGCAGACAACCAUGACCAGACCGCACGGCAACGACCAGCCGCACCACACGCGAACAUCGCCUGCGCCAAGGGACCAGUCACCCAGUAAGCUGCCGGCCACCGACGAGGCGUGUCGGCAUGGAACGCCGUGGCAAAUCUACCGUGCGCUGAGAGCGCGACAGCCGGCACCAUUCGGCUCUUUUACUCGCCUCGGCGGGGCGACCAUCAUCAGCAGCUCCCCAGAGCGAUUCCUCAUGCACGACCCCAAGGGCCUAUGCUCCAUGCGGCCGAUGAAGGGGACCGUCCGCAAGUCGUCUGCGGUAUCGACAUUGGCACAAGCCGAAGAGAUUCUCCACGUGCCCAAGGAGGAGGCAGAGAACCUCAUGAUUGUCGACCUUGUACGGCACGAUUUGUAUGGCGUGUGCGGCGCGCAGAGCGUAACCGUACCCGACCUGCUUCGGGUGGAGGAGUACGCCAGCGUCUUCCAAAUGGUGACGGCCGUCAACGGCCAGCUCCCCGCGGAGAAGCUCGAGGCGGGAACCGACCCAACCCGCAGCGAGUUCCCCUUUACCGGCAUGGACGUCCUGGCGAGCUGCCUGCCGCCGGGCAGCAUGACGGGCGCCCCCAAGAAGCGCAGCUGCGAAAUCCUGCAAGCCAUCGAGCCCACCGAGCGCAGCGUCUACUCUGGCGUCAUUGGCUAUCUGGACGUGCAGGGGAAAGGCGACUGGAGCGUCACGAUCCGCACCAUGUUUCGCUGGGACGACGAGCAGGCCCCCGCCCAAGCUGGCGAGCUUGAACCCCGCGAGGUCUGGCGGAUCGGUGCUGGCGGCGCAGUGACAACGCUCAGCACGCCCGAGGGCGAACGGGAGGAGAUGUUUACAAAGCUGUGCGGGCCGCUGGGUACAUUUUCAGACGUUGCAUAG